GAUCGAGAGGUACAACGUAUCUUGUUGGAACUGCUCAACCAGAUGGACGGAUUCGAUCAGAAUGUCAACGUGAAGGUGAUCAUGGCCACAAAUCGGGCAGACACACUGGACCCCGCUCUACUCCGUCCCGGUCGUUUGGAUAGGAAAAUUGAAUUUCCUCUGCCAGAUCGGCGUCAGAAGCGUCUGAUUUUUUCAACCAUUACCAGUAAAAUGAAUCUGAGCGAUGAGGUCGAUUUGGAGGACUAUGUGGCUAGGCCUGAUAAAAUUUCCGGUGCCGAUAUCAAUUCGAUCUGUCAAGAGGCUGGUAUGCAAGCCGUACGGGAGAACCGUUACGUGGUACUCGCUUCGGAUUUCGAGAAAGGAUACAAGAACAGCUUAAAGAAGAGUGAUCAGGAGUUUGAGUUUUACAAGUAA